AUGAGGGGAUCAAGCGGCGACCGGGCGCCGCGCGAGGAGAGGGGGAAGCGCGCCUGAGGGGGCAGGAACGGUUGGUGGUAAAGGCGGAGCUCCGCGGCGGGGAGGGGAGGGGUCCCGGCUGCCGCUUCCCCCCCCCUCCCUCCCGUCCUCGCACCGGCUCCGGCUGGGCCGCCCCGCCGCGCCUCCCGCUGGACCUGGCUGCGGGGAGAGGAUGUCGAGUGGCAGGAUGGAGGAACUCUAACUGACAGGGAGCCAGACAACACACCCUUUCAGCAUGGAGGUCGUUCUGGUUGACGGGGAACUUGAUAAAAAUUCACAGCGGUAACAAACAGUGAUGAAUCACAGCUUUUAACUCCAGGAAAAAUGAGCCAGCGCCAGGGGAAAGAAGCCUAUUUUACUCCAACCAAAGAGUUAUUCCAGCCUUCUCUCAGCCCAGGAACUGGCCACAGCCAUGAAUGUGAGGUAAAAGGCUGUUACUGCAACACUCUUGUUCCAACCAGCUAAUGCUAACCAGCUUUCACAGAGAACAUAAUCCUUACACAAACACCUUAACUCAUGAAGGAAGAGGGUCCAGUGCGACGUAGGUUUUCUUCAUGUGCUGGGAUUUCAUCUGUGUUUGCUCCAAGAGCUGAUGGCCGAAAACUUGUCCGGAAUGCUUCAUUUGGAGGAUAUAACGAGCUCUCUCCUGCUUUACCAGGUUUUGACAAAGGGAAGGAUGAUGUGUCACAAAGCAAAGAGGAUACAGCACAUUCUAUGUCAAAAAGCAAGUCUGAAUCCAAGCUUUUCAAUGGCUCUGAGAAGGACAUUUCUUUAUCUUCAAGCAAACUUACAAAAAAAGAAUCUCUCAAGGUUCAAAAGAAAAAUUACAGAGAAGAAAAGAAGAGAGCUACAAAAGAAUUACUUAGCACUAUCACAGACCCAUCAGUUAUUGUUAUGGCUGACUGGUUGAAGAUUCGUGGUACCUUGAAAAGCUGGACCAAACUGUGGUGUGUACUGAAACCAGGAGUGUUGCUUGUUUACAAAACCCCCAAAAAUGGCCAGUGGGUAGGAACAGUGCUCCUGAACGCUUGUGAACUCAUUGAGAGGCCUUCUAAAAAAGAUGGCUUUUGUUUCAAACUUUUUCAUCCUUUGGAGCAGUCCAUAUGGGCUAUAAAGGGUCCCAAAGGUGAAGCAGUUGGUUCUAUAACUCAGCCGUUGCCCAGCAGUUAUUUGAUCAUCCGAGCCGCUUCAGAAUCAGAUGGCAGGUGUUGGAUGGAUGCUUUGGAGCUGGCACUGAAGUGUUCAAGUCUGCUUAAACGUACAAUGAUUAGAGAAGGUAAAGAACAUGAUUUGAACUCUUCAGCAGACAGUACUCAUGUCUCUCUCUAUGGUCUGCUUCGUGCUAACAACUUGCACAGUGGAGAAAACUUACCGUUAAAUGACAGUGAAAUUGAAAGGCAUCACUUUAAAGAUCAAGAUAUGUACUCUGACAAAUCUGAUAAGGAAAAUGACCAUGACCACGAGGAAUCUGAUAAUGAUGGACUGGGGAAAAGCGAAGAAAGCGACAGCGACACAUCGGAGCGACAAGAUGAUUCUUACAUCGAUCCGGAACCAAUUGAUAUCAAGGAAACUACUUACUUAGAACAGAGUCAUGAAGAACUUGGGGAGGCAGGGGAGGCUGCUCAGACAGAAGUAGUGUCAGAAGAAAACAAAAGUCUAAUUUGGACACUGCUGAAGCAAGUCCGUCCAGGAAUGGACUUGUCCAAGGUUGUACUGCCUACGUUUAUAUUGGAACCUCGUUCUUUCCUGGACAAGCUGUCUGAUUACUACUACCAUGCAGACUUUCUGUCCGAAGCUGCUCUUGAAGAAAAUGCUUACAACCGCAUGAAAAAAGUAGUGAAGUGGUACUUGUCAGGUUUCUACAAAAAGCCAAAGGGACUAAAAAAGCCGUACAAUCCUAUACUUGGUGAGACUUUCCGCUGCAUGUGGAUUCAUCCAAGGACGAAUAGCAAGACUUUUUACAUUGCGGAACAGGUAUCUCAUCAUCCUCCAAUAUCUGCCUUCUAUGUUAGCAAUCGCAAGGAUGGUUUUUGCCUUAGUGGUAGCAUUCUGGCCAAAUCCAAAUUUUAUGGGAAUUCGUUAUCUGCCAUACUGGAUGGAGAAGGACGGCUGACAUUCCUAAAUAGGGGAGAAGAUUAUGUAAUGACAAUGCCAUAUGCUCAUUGUAAAGGAAUUCUUUAUGGCACAAUGACCUUAGAGCUUGGGGGAACAGUUAACAUCACCUGUGAGAAAACUGGCUACAGUGCAACAAUUGAAUUCAAACUCAAGCCUUUUUUGGGUAACAAUGACAGUGUUAACCAAAUAUCAGGGAAAAUUAAGCUUGGCAAAGAAGUUCUGGCUAUUUUGGAGGGUCACUGGGACAGUGAAGUUACUAUUAGUGACAAGAAGACAGAUGUUUCAGAGACAUUCUGGAACCCGACAUCUGAUAUCAAGCAGCGUAGAUUACCUAGAUACACAGUGAAGUUUGAAGAGCAAGAUGACUUUGAGUCAGAGAAGCUUUGGCAACAAGUGACAAGAGCAAUAAAUAAUAAAGACCAAACAGAAGCUACUCAAGAGAAGUACGUUCUAGAAGAAGCUCAGAGAAAGAGUGCCAAAGAGAGGAAACUGAAGGGUGAAGAGUGGACGUGCAAGCUGUUUGAUCAGGAUUCAGUCACAGGAGAAUGGCACUACAAAUAUGCCGAUACCAGACCAUGGGACCCUUUGAAUGAUAUGAUCCAAUUUGAAAAAGAUGGCACCAUCCAAACAAAAGUUCGACACCGGACACCAAUGGUUAGCGUUCCAAAAAUCAAACGAAAGCCAGCCAGUCAGAAGAAAGGAGAGUGUGGUUUCUCAUCCCCGGAGCCUGACAACCAGGAUUCCUCUGGGAGUGAAGCGCAACUCCUGAAGCAUAAUACAAGAAUAAGGAAAAAAGGGACAGACCUUGGUGAGCUGCAGAGUGCCAUUGAAUCCAUAAAGGAAACACAAGAAGACAUUAAGAGGGACAUUAUGGCUCUACGAAAUAGAGUCACUUCUAAUUCGCCACCCGUGGACUACCAUUUCUUGCAGUUUAAGCACUAUGUCUUCAUUUUACUCGUGGUUCUGCUACAGCUUAUCAUUAAUUUCUUGUUCAAAUAGGAAGUGUGAACAAGGGCCUUUCUGAACUGGAACGAUCAAACUGUUACUGGGGACCAUGUUUUAGGUUGGACUUUAAAUGAUGCAAUAUUAUCUAAAAGAGCCCUGUAGCAACAACUCACAGAACUUUGCCUCAGCAUCCAUGGUUCAGAAUCAUACUCCCGUCUACCCAGUUGAAGUAAGAAUUGUGUAAGUGCCAGUACACUCUUGCUCCUGGUGUGUGCCUCUGUCUCGCAGACAUUCGACAUCAGCCUUGUGUUUUAUAUUGCGUCACAUGCUGUACUGGUGAAUCUGCACCACAGAAUAGAUGAAGUUAAUUCAGAGGUCAGACCCUGUAGGUAGAAUGUGAUUCCUAUUAUGGUAGAAUGAUAAACUUUGUUACAUUUAUACUUACCGUUUUUGUAACAAAGGAACUUUUGAAGCAGCCAACAGUUUUUGUAAAUGGUGUUGGGUGUUUGGAAGUAAACUUUUGUUUAAGGUCAAAUACAUUAUUAUACAAAGAUCAUGAGUGUUAGGAACUGGCAAGUAAAAAGCUGGAGUCCUUGGGAAUUCUGCAGUGUAAUGUCCUUGAUUUGUUUCAGAAGUAUGAGUUUUUAUCCUGAAUUACUGAAUUACUUGUAAGCCAGCUGUUUUAUUUUUAUAGUUUUAAAACUUCAGAUUCUUCAUAAAAACAUUCCUGCAUCUACUGUACAGAGAACAUUUUUAACAGGACAGCACAGGGGAAGAUACUGUCUUGGUCAGCUCUCUCUUGUGAAUUGCAAAUGUUAAGGAUUUACAGUAUCUUUGUAAGUCUUGAUAAAUCUACAGCUUUGAAUUUACAUUGGUGUAUGGCCAGGUCACAGUAAGCAGACAGACUGCUGAUGCCAGGACUCUUUUCUUAUUUUUGAAACAAACCGUGAAGAUGCAAAUGUGUGCUUAGCUUGUAGCUUGAGUUGAACCUCUCAAAAGGCAGAUGACGUAGAACAGAAUUCGGGCACCGACAUGAGUUCACUUGCAAAUGAAAACACGUGUGUUUUACAAGGGGAAAGUCUUCAGAAAUUGUGGGAUGGCUAACACCACACACAUCAAAACAAAUGAGAGUGAAACCCUAAGUCUCUGUUAAACUCCACCUUACUGCAGUAUAUACUACCUAACACAACACAUGGAUGCUCCUAUUCAUUGAGCUGUAGCCAUACCAAUUAAUGUGAAGCUUAAGUUUCAAUUUAAUACCAGGGUUUCUAACCUUCUUAUUUGAAGAAAUAUAUGCAUGUAUGGAACUUGUAAAA